AGCUAUUGGCGAUACAGCAACAAGGUCCUAGAUCAAUUGGCUUCUUUGGGACAAGAAACAUGGGUUGCAUGCAUCAAGAACUGAUUGAAAUACUUAUCAAGACAGUCGAGGCUUCAAAUCUUUCCUUUCCUAAAGCUUCUCUCCUCCGAUCACUUUGGUUCUUGCAGAAAAACCAUAUAUACACUUCAGGUGCAUCUGGAACUAAUGCAGCUGUUAUCAGAGGUGCAUUGCGAGCAGAGAGGCCAGAGCUUCUUACUGUGGUUUUACCAAGAUCUGUUCAAGUUACAAGCUCUUUAACAAGAUCAACUCAAUGAUACAAACUGAAGCGUUUUUGGUCGUCGUGAUUGUGAUUAGUGUGAAUGGAUUGACUUUUUUGUAUUUGUUUUAAGGUGGUUGGAAGAAGAGCUGGGAAGCAGGAGUAACUCCAUGGGACUUGAAUAUGAAGUGGUGGUUACGGCCCUGCCCUGAUCGGUGUUUUAAAAUUGAAGUGGAGAAAAUGGCGCGUAUUAUUAUUACCAAUGGAAAAAUAGAGACAGAGAAACAAACUCUCUCCUCCAUGUUUCUCCCGAACACUACGCUUCAUCUCUUGUCUCUCUUCUUACAUUUUCUUCAUCUCAAUGUCUCUUUACUCUCUUCUCAUUCCCUCUCUUUCCUCAAAAUCUUUCCUCCAUGGAAAUUAACAACAACAGCAACCACCACCACCACUCCGACAACGACGAUGACAUCCUCGCCUCCAUGAGCUCCGUUCCUCCUCCUCGAAAAAUCCAUUCCUACAGCCACCAGCUCCGCGCCUCCGGUCAAAAAGUCCGUCACCACCGCCACCGCCAACAGCACAGCCUCGAUGAUAUUCCCAAACUCACCGAGAUCAUCUCCGGUUGCAGCAUCUCCGGUGAUUCUUCCGACGACGAGUUCUACCCUUACGCCACAACCAUCAACUCCUCCUCCUUCCCUUUCACCGGAGACAUCAACGAUUCCGAUGAUUACUUGAUCACGCAUCAGCCUGAGAUCGGAGAAGAUUUUCAGCCCCUUCCUGAGUUUGUAGGCUCCGGAGGCGGCGUGGGGAUGUUCAAAGUCCCCACGCGGUCUCCCUUGCACUCCGCGCGUCCUCCUUGCUUAGAGCUGAGGCCGCAUCCACUUAAGGAGACUCAGGUUGGGAGAUUCUUGAGGAACAUAGCUUGUACUGGGACACAGCUGUGGGCUGGACAAGAGAGCGGUGUUAGGUUCUGGAACUUUGAUGACGCGUUCGAGCCAGGGUGUGGUCUAAGCGGCCGUGUAAGGAGAGGAGAUGAGGAUGCUGCACCGUUUCAUGAGUCGGCGAGUACUUCUCCCACCACUUGUCUGAUGGUUGACAAUGGGAAUAGGCUUGUUUGGAGUGGUCACAAGGAUGGUAAGAUUAUGUCUUGGAAGAUGGAUCAUGAACCUCAUAAAAAUGAUGAUAAAGAUGAUGGUGAUGGUGAGGGUGAUGAUACUCCUUUCAAUGAAGGCCUCUCUUGGCAAGCUCACAAGGGUCCUGUCAAUUCUAUAAUCAUGAGUUCUUAUGGUGACUUGUGGUCAUGUUCAGAAGGUGGUAUGAUCAAGAUAUGGACUUGGGAAACUAUGGAGAAAUCACUUUCUAUUAGAUUAGAGGAGAAACAUAUGGCUGCUUUGUUGGUGGAGAAGUCAGGGAUUGAUCUCAAGGCUCAAGUUACUGUUAAUGGUAAUUGCAGCAUAUCUUCCUCCGAAGUCAAAUCUUUAAUAGCUGAUAAUGUAAGAUCUAAAGUAUGGGCUGCUCAGCUUCACACCUUCUCCUUAUGGGAUGGUCGUACCAAGGAGUUACUAAAAGUGUUCAACACAGAAGGUCAAACAGAAAACCGGGUCGAAAUGCCAUCAGGGCAGGAUCAGCCACCAGAAGAUGAGACAAAGGUUAAGAUUGCUUCCACUUCUAAAAAGGACAAGCCACAUGGAUUCUUGCAACGCUCAAGGAAUGCUAUCAUGGGAGCUGCGGAUGCCGUUAGAAGAGUUGCAACAAGAGGGGGAGCAAACGAAGAUGCUAAAAGAACAGAAGCAAUAGUAUUAGCCGGAGAUGGCAUGGUUUGGACCGGAUGCACAAAUGGUUUGCUUGUACAGUGGGAUGGUAAUGGAAACAGGAUGCAAGAUUUUCAUCACCAUCAGUGUGCUGUGUUGUGUUUCUGCACUUUUGGGGAAAGGAUAUACAUUGGUUAUGUUAGUGGUCACAUCCAGAUUAUUGAUCUGGAAGGCAAUCUAAUAGCUGGAUGGGUUGCACAUAAUAACGCAGUGAUAAAAAUGGCAGCAGCUAAUGGAUACAUUUUCAGCUUAGCCACUCAUGGUGGUAUACGUGGAUGGCAUGUGAUUUCUCCUGGACCUCUUGAUGGGAUAAUAAGAUCAGAACUGUCUGAACAAGAGCGGACAUAUGCACAGACAGACAGUGUUAGGAUUUUGAUCGGUUCAUGGAAUGUUGGACAGGGAAAAGCUUCACAUGAUGCACUUAUGUCUUGGUUAGGCUCUGUAGCGUCAGAUGUUGGUAUCCUCGUUGUAGGUUUGCAAGAAGUAGAGAUGGGUGCUGGGUUUUUGGCAAUGUCAGCCGCUAAAGAAUCGGUAGGAGGCAAUGAAGGGAGUUCGAUAGGGCAGUACUGGAUAGACACAAUAGGGAAGACCUUAGAUGAGAAAGCAGUCUUUGAACGCAUGGGAUCCAGACAAUUAGCUGGUUUGCUCAUAUCACUUUGGGUGAGGAAGAAUCUGAGAACACAUGUAGGUGACAUUGAUGUUGCAGCGGUUCCAUGUGGUUUUGGACGCGCAAUUGGUAACAAGGGAGGUGUAGGUUUGAGAAUUAGGGUCUUUGAUAGGAUCAUGUGCUUCAUAAACUGUCACUUGGCUGCACAUCUAGAAGCUGUAAACCGCAGAAAUGCUGAUUUUGAUCACAUCUACAAAACAAUGUCCUUUUCAAGGUCAUCAAAUGCUAAUAAUGCACCAGCUGCUGGUGUGACUACGUGCUCUCAUACCACAAAGAGCGCAAAUAAUGUAAUCGUCAACACGGAAGAGACAAAACAAGACCUAGCUGAGGCAGACAUGGUUGUAUUUUUUGGUGAUUUCAACUACAGGCUCUUUGAUAUAUCGUAUGAUGAAGCUAGAGACUUUGUCUCACAAAGAAGCUUUGAUUGGCUUAGAGAAAAAGAUCAGCUCAGAGCAGAGAUGAAAGCUGGAAAAGUCUUCCAAGGAAUGCGUGAAGCCAUAAUCACAUUCCCUCCAACUUAUAAGUUUGAAAGACACAGACCUGGCUUAGGAGGUUAUGAUUCUGGUGAGAAAAAGCGUAUUCCUGCAUGGUGUGAUAGAGUAAUAUACAGAGAUACACGCACAAGUCCAGAAUCUGAAUGCAGUCUAGACUGUCCAGUGGUUGCUUCUAUCAUGAUGUAUGAUGCUUGUAUGGACGUGACAGAGAGCGAUCACAAACCGGUCCGUUGCAAAUUCCAUGUGAAGAUAGAGCAUGUUGAUAGAUCAGUAAGGAGACAGGAGUUUGGGAGGAUCAUCAGGACCAAUGAGAAAGUCAUAGCGUUGCUUAACGACCUACGUUAUGUUCCGGAGACAGUUCUUAGCAGCAACAACAUUGUUCUCCAGAACCAAGACACCUUCGUCCUUAAAAUCACCAACAAAUGUGUUAAGCAGAAUGCUGUCUUCAGGAUCAUAUGCGAAGGUCAUAGUACGUUGAGAGAAGAGGAAGAUAAGUUGGAGUUACAUCCUUUUCUCUCAUUCGGUUUCCCACGGUGGCUUGAGGUGAUGCCAGCAGCAGGAACUAUAAAACCGGAUAGUUCAGUGGAGGUCACGGUUCACCAUGAGGAGUUUCAUACGUUGGAGGAGUUUGUAGAUGGGAUUCCUGAGAAUUGGUGGUGUGAGGACACGUGGGAUAAAGAAGCAAUACUUGUGGUGAAUGUGCAAGGAAGUUGUUCUACUGAGACUGUGUGCCAUAAGGUCCAUGUUCGUCACUGCUUCUCGGCUAAGAAUCUUAGGGUUGACUCCAUCCCAUCUAACUCCAAAUCCACGGGUUUGAAGAAGAAUGAAGGAGACUCUGGCUCCAAGUCUCAAAAGAAGAACAAAGGAGACUCUAGCUCCAAGUCUCAGAAGAAGAGUGAUGGAGACUCUAGCUCAAAAUCACAGAAGAAGAACAAAGGAGACUCCAAGUCUCAGAAGAAGAGCGAUGGAGAUUCCAACUCCAAGACCCAGAAGAAGGGUGAUGGAGAUUCCAACUCCAAGUGUCAGAAGAAGAGUGAUGGAGAUUCUAACUCCAAGUCUCAGAAGAAAGAUGAUGGAGACUUGACCUCCAAGUCUCAAAAGGAAAGCGAUGGAGAUUCAAGCUCCAAACCUCAGAAAAAGAGUGAAGGAGAUUCGAACUGUUGCAAGUUUCAGAGUGGGAAGAAGAACGAAGGAGAUACAAGUUCCUACACGUCACAAAGUGGGAACAAGACUGAAGGAGACACAACCUCUUACAAGUGCCAGAGUGGUAAGAAGAACAGUAGUAACUCGUCAACGGGAGAGGAGAGCCGGAGUGGUCACAACAAACGUUGACUUGUGUUUCAAGGCAUCAGUAGAUAUACACUAAGUACGAACCUACUUAAAACUGUAGAAUAUACCAACGCUCACUUGUUUGUAUUUUAAUUUUUUUACAUUCAGAUACCAACUUUAAUUUGUACUUUUUCAUUUUUAACAUUCAUAACGUUUUGAGUUUCUCUUAAUCAUAUGUACGUAAGCUUAGGAUGACCAUCUCAAUGUUUUUGGUUCAGUCUU